AUGGACAACAAUAAGUUUUCAAUGUCAUCAGAGCAAUCAAAAGUAUCCUGGAUGUUGACUACAAAUCUCAAUGAUCCCCAACAUCCUUCAACUUCACAAGCUGAAAAAUUUUUAGAUUACACGGAAAAUCCUCCAGUUCUACAAGAUCAAUCAUGGACAAACGGAGUUCCAUAUAAACACUGGAUAAAUUAUGUAAAACCAUCAGAGCGUAUUGCAAGCUCAUAUACUCCAGAUGCAUCAAGAUUCUGUAUAAAUAAUUUAACUAAAAAACGGCUCGUUGAAAAAAAAUCUUUUUUAUGUAAGCGGUUUUCAAUCAAUCAAGAUCUUGAUUAUCCGUCCAUUAAAUAUGUACGUGCACAUGAAAAGGAAGUUAUUGAUGCAAAUGCUAAAAAACAAAAACUUCUCGAAUCAGAGCCAAAUAAUAUUGUUAAUCUCGCGGAUUUAAUUGAUGGUACAUGGGAAAGAAAAAAAAAGUCUGAGAAUGCCAAUAAAAUAAGAAAAAAAGAUCAAACAAUACAACGAAAAAAACGUCCGUUGUCAAAAAAGUCUUCAGUAAUAGAAAUGACAGCAAGUUUUCUUAAUAUAGAAAUUAGACAGGCCGAUUUACCAAGAUCUAUCGAAUCACAGCGAAAAGAAUUAUUGAAUAUAAUUGAUGAAAAAGAAUACAAUGUAAAUAUUCAGAUGGAAACAGUUUCUAAAUUUAACUACUUGAUGAAUUCGAUAAAGGAUUUUCAUAUUGAACCGUAUGAUUUUUUACAUAUUGAAAAAGCGCACGAAUAUUUGUCGCAUAAAUUAAGAAAACGAAAAAAUUUUUAUUCAAUAUCAAAAUCACUGGAAUCUGAAAUAAUUGAAGAUUAUAAGCAAAGUAUUCGAUUUGCAAUAGUUGAUUAUAUUUUACUUGAUCCUUCAGAGAGACAGCGAUUACUUUUCAUUGAUAAAUUACCAGUUCAAUAUCCGAUAAUGCACAUUCGUGCACCUGUACCAUGGCAUCAUUUUUUUGUUAGUGCAACUCAUUAUAAUGAACACAAUCUUUUUAUUGGUAAUGAAAUAUUAAGGGAUAUUAGAGACUUAUGGUUCCUCAAGUAUUACAAAAUGCGAAUAAUCAAAUUGAAUGAUUUUGGAAAGUUUCCAGUUCCUGCACUAGAACUUGAGUCAUUAGUUGAUUCAGUUUGUAAUCAAGCAAGUCAGGUAUUAUUAAAAGAAUGGCUCGCUGAUGUUGCAGAAUUAUUCCUUGAAAAGAAAUACGCUUGGUCAUAUUUACUGGAAAAAAAAUUAAAUACUCCUACAGCUCUUAUUGAAAAGUACUUUCGCAGUACAAAUAUUUUACUAUCGCGACAAUUGCGUAUAAUAGUAAUUGAGACACUAAGAGAAAUAAAAAAUUUUUUAAUUCAGUACAAAGAUGGGAAUAAAUUUGAUAGUGAAUAUUAUGAUUUAUUGUUCAUUCGAACUCCAUUUAUAAGAAUUACAGUUAAGCCUGUACUGGGAAGCACAGAACUACGGUUAGAUCCAAAUAUAAUGGAAAUGUAUCAUACUAUGUCAAGAUGUUUUGACAGAAUAUUAUUAGUUGGAUCAGAAGUGCCUAAAAUAGAAACAAUUAUUUUUCCUGAAUUUCAAGGAUCUGCUUACCUAUUAUCUGUAUCACGCAAUGAAACUUUGGUGUCAAAAAUUAUUAAUGAAGCGCUGGAAUCAAUUUUAUCAAACAAAAUCGGCCCAGAAUUAUAUUUACAACGCUACAAUAAUCUGUUAUAUAUUUUGAAUGGUCAAGCGGAUGAAAGUUUGAAUAAUUAUUUCAAAACUCAGCCAAUACCAUCGUUACAACAAUUUGGCAAUAGAAUCAAGGAUUACGACAAUCUCAGUAAAGAAAUAUGUUUAUUUAGAAACAAAAUUCCAUUAAAUAUGAUUGAAAUAGACUGUACCAUUGUAAAUGACACAAUGCGAAUUAUUUUAAAUGAUCUUCGUACAAAAAUAUGUAAUUUUUUUUUGAAUGAAUUACGAUUGAACAACCAUGAACUAUGUCAUAUAUUCGAUGAAAUAGCUGAAAAAAUAGCUGGAAUGCCCGAGACAACUCAAGAAGUCGUUGAUUUAUUCAACUAUCUUUGUGAUAGCCGUGAUAACACAAUGUUCAAUUUACGAAACAAAUUAACACGAUGUGGUGAAUUGAUUAUUUUUUUGUUAGAUUAUCAACCGCCUAGUGACGAAGAUAUACAAUUAAAUGCACGAACUCUUACGUGGCCGAAAGAAAUGGAAAUAAUAAUGGGGUUGGCCACUAAACGGCUAAAUAUGAGGAAAGAAUUCGUUGAAGGCGUGUUACGUAAACGCAGAGAUAAUUUUGAACAAAAAAUCCAGCGUAUGCAACAAGCUAUUGAUAUAUUUAAAAAAAAAGAUCCACCGGUACUAACUGUUGAAGAAAUGGAACAAUCGACCGAAGAAAUAGAGCAAUUGUCAAUAACUAUGGCAGAGAUGAGAAAAGAAGCUGAACAAAUAAACAAUGAAGAAGGGCUUCUUGAUAUUGAAAUAAGUCCUUACUUAGCGCUACCUAAUAUGUUAUCAACGGUUGAUACUUUUGACCAACUUUGGCAUACAGUUUUGAGUUUUCAUAAAAAUUAUGAACGGUGGUAUUAUGGUCCAUUUGCCGGUUUGAAUGCUGAGCAAAUACGUGAAGAAACGGACAACGCAUGGAAGACUUUAUAUAAAUUAGGGCGCGCAUUAUCAGAUACACCUGGUGCGCGUCGAAUUGCUGAAAUGAUACGUGGAAAAGUUGAAAAAUUUAAACAAUUCAUACCAGUUUUACAAACAAUAUGCACACCAGGACUGCAAUCACGUCAUUGGGAAUCAAUUAGUAAAAUUGUUAAUAUAACAAUUGUUCCCAAUCAAAAAAGUAGUCUGUCAGAUAUGAUUGAGUAUGGUUUAUCUGUUUAUAUUGAUAAGCUGGAAGAGAUAGCAUCAGCAGCUACUAAAGAACACUCACUUGAAGCAAAUUUAAAAAAAAUGCAAGCUGAAUGGGAAGAUAUUUAUUUUGAUUUAAUUCCAUAUCGUGAUACCGGUGUUAAAAUUUUAUCAGCAGUUGAUGAUGUACAAAUGUUACUUGAUGAUCAUAUUCUUAAAGCUCAAACAAUGCACGGUUCACCAUUUGUCAAGGCAUUUGAACAUGAAAUGGAGAAUUGGGAAACAAAAUUAAUAUCAAUGCAAGAUAUUAUUGAUCAAUGGCUAAUUUGUCAAGCCACCUGGAUGUAUUUAGAGCCAAUAUUUAGCAGUGAAGAUAUUAUGCGGCAAAUGCCAGUUGAGGCUAAAAACUUCCGUUGUGUUGAUAAAAUUUGGCGUACAUUUAUGAAAUCUGUUAGUGAAAAUAAAAAAGUAACUAUCGCUACAUCUAUCCCUAACAUGCUUAAACAGUUCAAAUUGUGCAAUUCAUUACUUGAUGAAAUUCAAAAAGGUUUGAAUGAUUAUUUGGAAAAAAAGAGAUUAUUUUUUCCGCGGUUUUUUUUCCUAUCGAAUGAUGAAUUGCUUGAAAUUUUAUCUGAAACAAAAGAUCCACAGCGUGUACAGCCACAUUUGAAGAAAUGCUUUGAAGGUAUUAAUAAAUUACGUUUUACUAACAAUGAAGAAAUAAUAGGCAUGUUGUCUGCUGAAGACGAAUACGUACCAAUGAGUGGAAAAAUUUAUCCAGCUGAUGCCAAAGGCAUGGUUGAAAAGUGGCUUUGUCAAGUUGAAGAAAUGAUGAUUACAUCUUUGCGUGAUAUUGCUCAAGACAGUAUAAUUGCGUAUUUCACGGCUGCAAGAGAUGAAUGGAUACUCUCAUGGCCAGGACAGAUAGUACUUUGCAGUAGUCAAAUUCAUUGGACAAGUGAAGUUAUCGAAAGUUUUCAAGAUAAUUCAACAAAAGCUUAUUUAAAUAAAUGCAAUCAUCAAAUUAAUCAAGCAAUAGCAUUGAUAAGAGGAAAAUUAGAUCCUGGAAUACGAAUUACUCUUAAUGCAUUAAUAGUAAUAGAUGUCCAUGCAAGAGAAAUCGUUAAAUUACUUGUUGAACAAGAAGUCAAUGAUCCGAUGGAUUUUAAUUGGAUCGCUCAGCUACGAUAUUACUGGCUAGAAGGUGGAAUCACUGUCUCAAUGGUUACAACCGAUGUUGUUUAUGGAUUCGAAUAUUUAGGAAAUACUUCACGUUUAGUAAUAACUCCAUUAACCGACAGAUGUUAUCGAACACUGAUGAGUGCUAUGAAAUUGAAUCUCGGUGGAGCUCCGGAAGGACCAGCUGGCACGGGAAAAACUGAAACAUCCAAAGAUCUUGCUAAAGCUGUGGCUAAGCAGUGUAUUGUGUUUAAUUGUUCAGAAGGCUUAAAUUAUAAAGCAAUGGGAAAAUUUUUUAAAGGUCUUGCACAAUCUGGUGCAUGGUCCUGCUUUGAUGAAUUCAAUAGAAUCGAACUAGAAGUGUUAUCUGUUAUUGCACAGCAAAUAUUAACGAUACAAAUGGCAAUCAGUAUUAAAUCAGAAAGAUUUAUUUUUGAAGGAACAGAGAUAAAGUUAAAUUCAACUUGCAAUAUUUUUAUCACAAUGAAUCCCGGUUAUGCUGGUCGGCAAGAAUUACCAGACAAUCUUAAAGUUCUUUUCCGUACAGUAGCUAUGAUGAUACCAGACUAUGGUAUGAUUGGUGAAAUAACGCUGUACUCUUAUGGAUUUACAGAUGCUAAAAAUUUAGCGGAUAAAAUUGUUUUUACUUAUAAACUUUGUUCAGAACAACUGAGUUUACAAAAUCAUUAUGAUUAUGGUAUGCGAGCUGUUAAAACUGUACUCAACGCUGCUGGAAAUUUGAAAUUAAAGUAUCCAGAUGAAAAUGAAUCAAGUUUAGUUCUGCGCGCUAUUAUUGAUGUUAAUUUACCUAAAUUUUUAGCACAUGACAUUCCUUUAUUUAAUGGAAUUUACAAUGAUUUAUUUCCUGGUGUGACAUUACCAAAAGCUGAUCGUGAUGAAUUAAUUGAACUGUUAUUAAUUCAUUUAGAAAAACGAAAUCUUCAGGCUACAAAUUGGUAUAUAGAAAAAAUAAUUCAAAUUUAUGAAAUGAUACUUGUGAGACACGGACUCAUGAUUGUUGGUGAAACUCUUGGCGGUAAAACUCAAGCUUAUCAAGUACUAGCUGAUGCCCUUGGUGACUUGUCUGCAAAAAAGCGUUCUAAAAUAAAAGAGUUCAAAACAGUAUAUCGAGUGAUCAAUCCAAAAGCUAUUUCAAUAGAUUCUUUAUACGGAAGUUUUGAUCUUGUUUCUCAUGAAUGGAAUGACGGGAUUGUUGCUAAUACAUUUCGAGAGUAUGCGCAGUCGUUAAAUUUGGAACGCAAGUGGAUUAUUUUUGACGGUCCGGUUGAUGCUGUGUGGAUUGAAAAUAUGAACACAGUGUUGGACGAUAAUAAGAAACUUUGUCUUAUGUCUGGUGAAAUAAUUAUCAUGUCCAAGAAAAUGAAUAUGAUUUUUGAACCAGCUGAUUUAGAUCAAGCUUCACCUGCAACUGUCAGUAGGUGUGGAAUGAUUUAUAUGGAACCUUCUCAAUUGGGCUGCCAAUCUAUUUUUGAGUCUUUUAAAAAAACAUUAAAAGACAGAUUUCUUGUUGAACAGUUUCAAUUAGCUGUUGAAAUUAUUGAAUGGUUAACCAUCCCAAUAUUUCAAUUUAUUCAUAACAACUGUCAAACAUUUGUUAAUACAUCUGAUAUCUACAAGUUUUUGGCAUUUACUAGAAUAUUCAACACUAUGUUAGAAGAUGAAACUCAAAUUAGUACAAUUUGGCUUCAAUGUACUUUACUUUUUAGUAUGGUAUGGGGAUUCGCUUCAAUUCUUACCAGUGAAAGUAGAAAAUUAUUUGAUACUUACUUUAGAAAUUUAUUACUUGGUAACAUCGAAGAACAUCCUAAGCCCAAAGUGUUUAAAUUAUCAAAACAACAAAUUUUCCCUGAUAGAGGAACGAUAUAUGAAUGGAUAUACGAUAAAAGAAAUAAUGGAACUUGGAUCUCUUGGAUGGAUAUAAAUCCUGCUGUACCCUUAUCUGCUGAUACUAAUGUGAAUGAUAUAAUAAUACCAACAAAUGAGGUGUCAAUACAAAAAUUUUUUAUGACAAAAUUACUGGACAGAUCAAUACCAGUAUUGUUUGUCGGACCAACUGGAACUGGAAAAUCAUCAAUCGUUUUAGAUAAUUUAGUAAAUCUUCCAAAAGAAAAGUUUAUUCAAAAUGUUAUAAAUUUUAGUGCUCACACAAGUGCCGCUCAAACACAAGAAAUAGUUAUGUCUAAAUUAGACCGUCGCAGAAAAGGAGUUUAUGGUCCCACUAUGGGUAAAAAGUGUGUUUUAUUUGUAGACGAUUUAAGCAGACCGUUAAAAGAAAAGUAUGGUGCACAACCGCCUAUUGAGCUUUUACGCCAGUGGAUUGAUCACGGCCAUUGGUAUGAUCCAAAAGAUACAUCUUUGCUUUAUCUAGUAGAUAUGUUGAUGAUUGGAGCAAUGGGAUCACCGGGCGGAGGAUUACAUUCAAUUACAUCAAGAUUUUUAAGACACAUGCAUGUAAUUGGAAUCGAUACUUUUGAUGAUACCACAAUAACUAAAAUAUUCACAUCGAUUCUCGACUGGCAUUUUGCAAAAGGCUUCGAAUCAAUUAUUUCUCAAUCGAGUAAAAUGAUCGUGGCUGCUACGAUAGAUAUUUUUCACAAAGCUAUUGAUAAUUUCCUACCGAUUCCUGCUAAGAGUCAUUACACUUUUAAUUUAAGAGAUUUUAGUCGAGUGAUCAAUGGAAUUGUUUUAGUGCCUGCUGCUAGAAUGCGUGAUUUUGAUAAAUUAAUAAAGUUAUGGAUUCAUGAAGUCUAUCGAGUUUUUCACGAUCGUUUGAUAGAUAAUGAUGACCGUGAUACACUAUUUGAAAUGGUUAAACAAACAGUUUAUGAUCAGUUACGUCAACCUCUAAAUAAAGUGCUUGGAAAUUUAUUAAAGCCUAAUGAAAAAAAUAUAACAAGCAAUCAUAUUUCUAAUUUGUUAUUUGGAAUGUACAUGGAGCCAGAUGCUGAUCCAAAAAUCUAUGAUGAAAUAGUUGAUUUUAAUGAUUUACAAGAAAAAAUGAACUAUCAUCUCGCUGAGUACAAUAAAAUUUCAAGUACCCCCAUGUCAUUGGUACUUUUUCGUUAUGCUAUUGAACAUGUAUCACGAAUAUCACGAAUUUUAAUGCAGUCUAAAGGUAACGCAUUAUUAGUUGGUGUUGGUGGAUCGGGUAGAAGUUCAUGUUCAAAAUUAGCAGCAAGUAUUUGUGAAUAUAACAUUCAUCAGGUUGAAGUAACAAAAGCCUAUGGUAUGAAUGAAUGGCGAGAAGAUUUAAAGUUACUAUUACACAAAGCUGGUUGUGAUAGUAAAUUCACAGUUUUUCUAUUUUCUGAUAAUCAAAUAAAAGAUGAAUCAUUUAUUGAAGAUAUAAAUAUAAUACUCAAUACUGGUGAUAUACCAAAUCUUUAUAAUACUGAAGAAAAAGCUGAAAUUCUUGAUAAAAUAUCAAAUAUUGUACAGCAAGAUUCGAGUAAAAAAAUCGAAACAACGCCAAUGGCUUUGUAUAAUUUAUUUAUUGAAAGAGUUAAAAAAUAUUUACAUAUUAUAAUUACAAUGUCACCUAUUGGUAACACAUUUAGAAAUCGUAUUAGAAUGUUUCCAUCUCUGAUAAAUUGUUGUACAAUUGAUUGGUAUGUAGCUUGGCCUGCAGAAGCACUUGAAGAAGUAGCCAAUGUAUCAUUGCAAGAAUUAAAUAUUGAUGCAGGUAUUCGUAAUAAAUGUGUUAUUAGUUGUAAAAAUUUUCAUGAAAGUGUACGAAUAGCCAGUGAAAAAUAUGAAAAAAUUAAUGGUAGAAUAAAUUAUGUAACUCCAACAAGUUUUCUUCAGUUGAUCAAGUCGUUAACUAAUUUGUAUAAUCAAAAAGUUAAACAAAUAAUAUCACAACAAAAUCGUUACAUUGUAGGACUUGAAAAAUUAGAUUUUGCUGCUGGUCAAGUCUCUGUUAUGCAGGAAGAAUUGCAUGCAUUGCAACCAAAAUUAGUUUCACAAUCACAGUUAAGUGAUAAAUUGAUGAUUAAAAUUGAACAAGACACAGUUAAUGUUGAAGCUAAAAAAGAAAUAGUUGCUGCUGAUGAAGCUUUGGCAAAUGAAGCUGCAGCUGCUGCUCAAGCAAUAAAAGAUGAUUGUGAAAGUGAUUUAGCUGAAGCUACUCCAGCAUUGGAAGCGGCAUUGGCUGCUCUGAAUACACUCAAGCCCGCAGAUAUUACAAUAGUUAAAUCAAUGAAGAGUCCGCCAGCUGGUGUUAGAUUAGUAAUGGAGGCGGUGUGUGUAUUAAAAGGAGUUAAACCAGAACGUGUUCAAGAUCCCUCGGGUUUAAUGGUUGAUGAUUAUUGGCCAGCAUCAAUAAAAUUACUCGGUGAUAUUAAAUUUUUAGAAAGUCUAAAAACUUUUGAUAAAGAUAAUAUCCCAUCGGCUAAUAUUAAAAAGAUAAGAGAAAAGUUCAUGAAUGAUAGAAGUUUUCAGCCAGAAGUUAUUAAAAAAGUAUCGACAGCUUGUGAAGGAUUGUGCAAAUGGAUACGAGCUAUGGAAGUUUAUGACCGAGUUAUAAAAGUUGUCGCACCAAAGAAAGCAAUGCUCGCAGAAGCUGAAGCAAAACUUGCCGCUCAGAUGGAAACUUUAAAUGCCAAAAGAACCUUGCUACAAGAAGUCACUGAUAAGUUGCAAACAUUAAAUGAUGAAUUUGCCGAAUGUAUGCGGGAAAAGAAAAAGUUAGAGGAUCAAAUUGAUCAUUGUAUGCAAAAAUUGGAUCGAGCUGAAAAAUUACUUGGUGGUCUUGGUGGUGAAAAAACCCGAUGGAGUAGUACUGCUGCUAAUUUAGGUUCUAGUUUAAAUAACAUUAUUGGCGAUGUAUUGUUAGCUUCUGGAAUUCUUGCAUAUCUCGGUGCAUUCACGGUUGAUUAUCGCAACGAAUUAAUUUAUGAAUGGCAUAAUUCAUGUAAAUCAAUGUCUAUCCCAUGCAAUGAUGAAUUUAAACUUGUUGAUAUUAUUGGUGACCCGGUAGAAAUCAGAAAUUGGAUGAUUCAGGGUUUACCAGCAGAUAAUUAUUCUAUUGAAAACGGUAUUAUUGUUAAAUGCGCUAACCGUUGGCCGCUUAUGAUUGAUCCACAAGGACAAGCCAAUAAGUGGAUUAAAAAUAUGGAGAAAUUAAAUAAGUUAACUGUCAUUAAACUUACUGAUUCUAAUUAUGUUAAAAGAAUGGAACGAGCUAUUGAACUCGGUACACCAGUUUUAGUAGAAAAUAUUCUUGAGGAUCUGGAUCCUACUCUUGAACCGGUAUUGUUAAAGAAUGUUUAUAAACAAUCGGGUGUUUUUUAUCUGAAAUUCAAUGAAACUGUUUUAGAAUACAACGAUAAUUUCAAAUUCUAUAUAACAACUAGGCUCCGUAAUCCACAUUAUUUACCAGAAAUAGCUAUCAAAGUUAAUAUUAUAAAUUUCAUGAUUACUCAACAAGGAUUACAAGAUCAACUUUUAGGUAUUGUCGUCGCAAAAGAUUUACCAGCACUUGAAGAUAAGAAGAAUCAAUUAAUAAUUGAGGGUGCAAAUAAUAAACGUAUUCUCAAAGAAAUAGAAGAUAAAAUAUUGCAAGUUUUGUCAUCGUCAGAAGGGAAUAUUCUUGAAGAUGAGACAGCUAUUAAAAUUUUGUCAUCAUCAAAACUUUUAUCAGAAGAUAUUCAAUCAAAACAAAAAAUAGCUGCCAAAACAACUAUUGAAAUAGAUCAAGCGCGUGAUGCUUACAAACCAGUAUCACGUCAUAGUGCGGUAUUAUUUUUUUGCAUUGCUGAUUUAGCGAAUAUUGAUCCAAUGUAUCAAUAUUCUUUACCUUGGUUUAUUAAUUUGUAUAUUAUGGCAAUCGGUAACAAUGAAAAAUCAGGUGAUUUAAAUAUACGAAUGAAAAAUUUAAAUUCAAUAUUCACACGAAAUAUUUAUAAAAAUAUUUGUCGUUCAUUAUUUGAUAAAGAUAAAUUAAUAUUUUCACUUGUAUUAACUAUUGGAAUAAUGCGAGCGAACGAUAAAAUAAAGCAAGAUUUGUGGUAUUUUUUUCUGACUGGUGGUGUUGCUCUUGAAAAUCCAUACAAAAAUCCUGAUCCAUCAUGGCUAAGUAAUAAAUCAUGGUCCGAAAUUAACCGAGCUACUCAAUUAAUUGGUCUUGAAGAGCUUAAAAAAUCAUUUGAAUCAGAUAUACUGAAAUGGAAAGCGUAUUAUGAUUUAUCAGAUCCAGAGUAUCAUAAUUUUCCACCACCGUUCGACAAAAUAUUAAAUAAUGAUUUGUUGAAGCUUAUUGUACUUCGCUGUAUAAGACCAGAUAAACUUGUUUCAGCUGUUGAAAUAUUUAUUAAUGAAAACAUGGGACAAUUUUUUAUUGAACCUCCACCAUUCGAUCUUCAAUCAUCAUUUGAUGAUUCUAAUAAUAAAACACCAUUAUUAUUCAUACUGUCACCUGGGUCAGAUCCAAUGGCAAGGCUUGUUAAAUUUGCUGAAACAAAAGGAAUUUCACGGGAAAAUCUUUUAACAAUAUCUUUGGGACAGGGUCAAGGGCCAUUAGCUGCUGAUUUGAUAAAUAAAGCUAUUAAAAAUGGUGAAUGGGUUGUUCUUCAAAACUGUCAUUUAGCAGAGUCUUGGAUGAAACAACUUGACAGUAUCUGUGAUGAAAUAAUAAUUCAUGAAACUAUACAUGAUAAAUUCCGUAUGUGGCUUACAAGUUAUCCAUCAAAUGUUUUUCCAGUGUCUAUUUUACAGAAUGGAAUCAAAAUGAUCAAUGAACCGCCUAAGGGAUUAAAACAAAAUUUAUUACAUAGUUAUUCAAGUGAUCCAUUGUCUGAUGUAGAAUUUUUUCACGGAUGUAAAAAAGUAUUUGAAUGGCGAUCGUUAUUAUUUUCAUUAUGCUUUUUUCAUGCAGUGGCACAAGAGAGGCGGAAAUUUGGACCUCUUGGAUGGAAUAUUCCUUAUGAAUUCAAUGAAUCUGAUUUGCGAAUAAGCGUUUUACAAUUGCAGAUGUUCCUUAAUGAAUAUGAACAAGUGCCUCUUGAUGCUUUAUUAUAUUUAACCGGUGAAUGUAAUUAUGGUGGCCGAAUCACUGAUGAUAAAGAUCGACGUUUGCUGAAUGCUCUGUUAAAAAAAUUUUAUAAUAUGGAAAACAUUAAAGAUCCUACAUUUCAUUUUUCGUCAAGUGAAGACUACUUUAUACCUCAAAACGCCGAUUACGAAGGUAUUUUGAGAUAUAUAAAUAAUUUACCAUCAAAUCAAAAACCUGAAGUGUAUGGCUUGCAUGACAAUGCUGACAUUACGAAAGACAACAAUGAAUCAAUGCAAUUGUUGGCUGGAGUAUUGUUAACUCAGACGCAAAUAAUUACUAGUGGAAAUGAAGAUAACAUUGAAACUAUAGUAACAAAUCUUACUACUGAAAUACUUUUGAAAAUACCAGUACAGUUUAAUAUUGAAGCCGUAUCUGAAAUUUAUCCCGUUGAUUAUAAAAAUAGUAUGAAUACUGUAUUGAAGCAAGAACUUAUAAGAUUUAAUAAUUUAACUAAACUUAUUAAAGAUAGUUUAACUACCUUACAAAAAGCAAUUAAAGGGCAAAUUGUCAUAUCAACAGUGCUUGAACAGAUAUUCACUAGUAUAAGUAUUGGUAAAGUACCUAUUAUUUGGAGUACUCAGUCUUACCCUUCGCUCAAACCACUUGGAAGCUAUAUUAAUGAUUUAUUGAAUAGAAUUAAUUUCUUCCAAGACUGGAUAGAUAAAAAUGUACCUAAUGUUUAUUGGAUAUCAGGUUUCUUUUUUACACAGUCGUUUUUAACUGGAAUUUUACAAAACUAUGCACGUCAUCAUGAAAUACCCAUUGAUUUAGUAGGUUUUGAAUUUGAAGUUUCUGAUUUUUUUGAAACUACUAUCAAACCACCACAUUUAAGUGUUUUUAUUCGAGGACUUUUUUUAGAAGGUGCACGAUGGAAUGAAGAAAUGCGAAAAUUAGACGAAUCAAAACUUAAAUUAAUGUUUGAUGUACUACCUAUAAUAUUGAUAAAACCAGGGAUAAAAGCUAAUUUCAAAUCUUCACUAUCAUACCUUUGUCCUGUUUAUAAAACAAGCGCCAGGCGUGGUGAAUUAACUACAACAGGACACUCGUCGAAUUUUGUUAUGUUCAUAACAAUACCAUCAGAUAUCGAUGAAUCACACUGGAUUAUACGAGGUGUCGCCAGUGUAACUCAACUUGAUGAUUAA